AUGCCCGACGGCCGCGCGCCGAGCAGGGCACUCUCCGCGCGGCCGGCCGGCGGCCUCCGGCGGCCCCCCGCGAUGCCCGCCUGGCAGCCGGCCAAGCGCGCGCCGGGCAAGGCCGCCUGGGUGUGGCAGGACCCCGCCGCGAGGGGGCACGUGAGGCCGCCCCCCUGGAGGGAGUCGCCGGGCUGCGGCGGCGCUGGCAAGGGUCAGCCAGCAGGCAAGGCCGCGGGCUACAUCUUCGCGUGCAACAACUCGACGCAGGGGGAGUGCGAGCGCCGGCGGCUCAUGGGCUCCCCCGCCAGCGAGCUGGGCCAGAUGAGGGCGUGCAUCGCCCCGGGGUUGCCGAUCUUCCUCCUCAACAUGCAGAGCCUCAAGAUCUUCGGCCCCCUCAGCGCCGCCAGCGCUCCGGCGCUGAACCUCGAACCGGACGCCUUCGGCCGGAGGUUCCACGCGCAGCUGCGGGUGGCGCCGGCCGGGGCCGUCCGCGAGGCCAAGCUGCCCAGCAGGCCGCCCUCGGGCGCGCAGAGCAGGGCCAGGGUCGAGGAGCUGCAGCGGCUGCUGCGGGAGGGCAGCGAGGGCCCCGCGCGCGCAGGCCUGGCGGCCCGGCAGGCGCGGGCCGCCGUGGGCGGCGCGGCGGCGCCCGCGAGGCCCCGGCCAGGAAGAUCGGUGACAGGUGAAAACAUGGGGAUCGCACAGGGGAUCGUCAAUCCGCCCUCGGGGUCGAUCGCGUCGCGCCUGCCCUGCCUGCCUGCUUUUUGCUUGCGCGGGGUCGAGAGCGCCAACGAGAUGCUCGCGGCAGCGGGGCAGGAGCAGGAGAGCCACGAGGUGGGUUGCGAUGCGAUGCGCAUGCACGACUUGAAGGGUAUACAUCACGUGCGGCACAUCAAACAGUAUCGAGCCGGUGGGCUGUUCCAGCACGACGUGCACGCCCCUGCUGUCGGCGAGAAGGAACAGGAAUGA